CCCGCCAGCAUCCAGGUGGCACUGUCAAGGAAGUCUCCCUACCUGCCCUCAGCCCACCGGGUCAGUGGGCUCAUGAUGGCCAACCACACCAGUAUCUCUUCGCUCUUUGAGCGGACCUGUCGCCAGUUUGACAAGCUGCGGAAACGGGAGGCCUUUAUGGAGCAGUUCCGCAAGGAGGACAUCUUCAAGGACAAUUUUGAUGAGAUGGACACUUCCAGAGAGAUUGUACAGCAGCUGAUCGAUGAGUACCAUGCAGCCACUAGGCCGGACUACAUCUCCUGGGGAACCCAGGAGCAGUGAGUUCCCCAGGAUAGGAACCCUCAUCUGCCUUACUGGUUGCCCAGGCCUGGCCUGACUAACCACCCUUCAGAGCACAGAUCAGUGACCUCACAGAUCUCUCUCUCUCUCUCUCUCUCUCUCUCUCUCUCUCUCUCUCACACACACACACACACACACACACACACACACACGGUACCCUAUGUUGGCCUGGGGACUCUUUAUUCUCCUCUUACAAGAGUAUUUAUGUUUAAUAAAGCACUGGAUCUAAAUCAAGUCAUCGGUGUCUUUGCAAGUUUCAGAGCUGGGGAAGAUGCCUCUUCUUUUUUGAUUACUAGCAGGGCCUACCCCACACCCAGCACCCUCGACUCUGGACAAACUGCCUCUUUUUUUUUUCCAUGAGUAUGAUGAAGUUAAACACUGGGCUACAAUUCCUUGGCCUUCUAGGAGCAGUGAUUUCUCUCUCCAUAGGACAGUAACAGCCCCUAUAAUGCCUCCAACAUCCACAUUCUAUUUCAUCUUCAGCCCAGGAGCUAUCCUCUACUUUCUCCCUUUUAUUCUUGGCUCUUGAUAUACUACUCAUUCAUUUCUAAUAAAGUAAUAAAGCUUGGUGGUAAAUAUCUUGAAGGCUUGAUCUCUGAGUGGGAGGUUUGCCAAGCAUGUGAUAGGUAAGGUAGCCUUUUCCUGUUCUACUUACUACUUAGUCCAAGUAUUAGUGUGUCACUAAUUACUACUUCAUCACUGACAACUUUUUCUUUGAACUAGGUUCUUUUAGUAGGAGUAACUCCUCUUUCAAGGGUAUAGAGGAGCCUGGGUGCUGGUAGCUUCACAUCUGUAAUCCUAGCUACUCAGGAAGCUGAGACCUGAGGAUUGAACUUC